AUGGAAGUCAAAUAUCGCCCACCACUUAAUGAUGUCAAUGAAUGCAAUUGGUUAGAAAAAAACUUUGUAUCAUGUUUGAAGGAGAAGAGUGUGAAAGAUGAUUUACCAAAGAGAGUAUGUAAAGUUGAGAAUGUAAGGAUAAAUGAUAUUAAAAUAAAGAUCCUUUGGUUUUUUUUGGAAUGCCCUGAGAGAUCUGGACCUUAUGAGGAUGCAAAUUAAUUAAGGAAUAUUUAUAUAAAACAAAAAUUAGCAGAUUUGAAUCCAACAGUGCCUGAACCCAGGAAAAGAAAAUGA